AUGGGUCGACAGCACCAAACCGCCUCUCUCUCACUCAUCCUGCCUGCCGCCCUGCUCCUCCUCCUCGGGGCCACCAUAACAGAAGCUCGCGUCCUCCGCCGCGUCAAUGACCGCUCCCUCUUCGACGCCACCUCCGAAUGCAAAAAAGCAUCGUACCCCGAUCUCUGCAAUUCCCUUGCUCCCUCAGCGUCGGUCGGGUCCCUGACCGCCGCAUCCAUCGACGUGGCCACGUCCAAAGCCAAGGAGGCAGCAGCCAUUUCCGCCAAGCUUAUGAAAGCCCCUGGCACCGAGAAGCUGAUGAAGUCCACCCUGUGUGUUUGCCGUGAUGCCUUCAGCUCCGUAGCUGACAGUCUCCAGUUGUCAGCCAAGAACCUCAAGGAUGCAGCGCACACUGACCUCAUGGUGAACCUCUCCGCCGCGAUGAGCCUCAAGGCCAACUGCGCUGAUGCGUUCCAGGAUUGGCCGGGUUUGGUGUCACCUGUUGCCGAUAUCAACGACCACCUUUCGAAACUGGUUAGCAAUAGCCUGGACCUGGCUUCUACUUUGAAGAACUGA